CCAACAGUGUAACUUCCUGCUCUAGUCUCUCUGUGAAUUUGUGGUUUUUGAAAGAAACUCAGAGAGCGAGAGAGACAGAGAGUGAGCAAAAGUAGCUGGAUCUGGGUGGGAAGUCUUUUAGCACUAAAUAAAAAGUAACAAGUCGUAGCUGACAGCAGCAUAGAGGCCAGUAAUGGAGCCACAAGAGAUCAGAGAGGGAUACUUAGUGAAAAAGGCUCCCCGUUGUCUUAUCGAUCCUCAGGGUACGGUGCUAAACUCCUGGAGGGCAGUGUGGGUGGUGCUGUCAGAAGAUGCAGUGGAAUACUAUAAAAAGAAAACAGACCAGUCGCCGAAAGGAAUGAUCCCACUAAAGGGAGCCACAUUCGUCAGUCCUUGCCAGGAUUUUAGCAAAAGGAUGCUGGUCUUCAAGAUUACCACAGAAAAGAAGCAGGACCAUUUCUUCCAAGCGUCACACGUGGAGGAGAGAGAACUCUGGGUGAAGGACAUCAAGAGGGUUAUUACCUGCUUGCAAGGAGGGAGACAGUUUGCCAGAAAGUCUACAAGACGCUCCAUUCGCCUGCCUGACAAAGUCAACCUCGCUGAGCUGUACACACUGAUGAAGGACCAGGAUGACGGGGUACGAGAAAGGAAGUUGGAGCAGACAAAUCGUGUUUUCAACCACUGUUUCACAGGUGCGACAGUGGUAGAGUGGCUGAUUUCAAAAGGGAAAGCUAGAAAUAAUGCUGAGGCUCUUAUGUUAGCAACGGGGCUCCUGAACGAGGGCUUUCUCCAGCCUGCGGGCGACCAGUCAAAGGAGGCAGCGGAGAGCGCAGAGCAAACAGCCUUCUUAGAUGAUCCAAAAGCCCUGUACUACUUUGCAGACAGUGGGUUCUUCUGUGAAGGCUACUCCAGUGAUGAAGAUGAGCUUAUGAAAGAUGAAUUCAGAGGCAACAUCAUCAAACAGGGCUGCUUGCUGAAACAGGGACAUAGGAGAAAAAACUGGAAAGUGCGGAAGUUCAUACUGCGAGACGACCCUGCUUACAUGCAUUACUCUGAUCCCUCAAAGGCAGAUGACCCUCUGGGCUCGGUUCAUCUCCGUGGGGCCGUGGUUACAGCUGUGGAGUACGUGCCCGAUGCCAAAAAGUACGACAUCGAUGGCAACCUCUUUGAGAUCAUCACUGCAGAUGAAACUCACUACUUCCUCCAGGCUGCAACAGGCGAAGAGAGAAAGGAGUGGAUCAAAGCGAUACAGACAGUGUCCAAAAGUGGAAAAUAACAAGGGUAGCAGAGCAGCAGGGAAAUAUCCGCCAGCUGCGGUUCUAAUGAAACUAAAUUUACUCUUAAGCUUUGUGCUGUUUUCUUUCAUUGUGACAUAACAGGCAAGUUGGACUUACUGUAUGUACACAUUCUCAAACUACUUUUAGAAUAUGAUUGUGAACUAUGGUACAAUUAAAAUGAUGUAAAGAGAAAUAAAUAUGUACAUUUAAUCUCAAAAAGUGAGAAUAAAUAAGUAGUAGCCUUUAAAAAAAAAAAAUUAAGUAUCAAUGAGAAGACUGUUUGUAUAUGGUCAUGUACCUACACAUAGAUAUGUUCUGUUAUGUGAAUCAGUUAAGCAGCUGUUUUCUAAAAAAGGAGAAAAGGAAGGGGGUAAGGUUUCAGAAAAAAUGCAGAAAUAGUAUGAAAAGCUGUCCUUGUGAGAGAAAAAAACCCCCAACUGUUUCAAGGCCUAUUUCUCACUCACAGUGGUUUUCUGAUUUCCUUUAUCGUUCGUCUUUUCAAAAGUUUAAGACAGUUUCUUCUAUCGCACCAUAACAGAACAGUUCCUAAGUGUGAAACGGCUCUGAAUCACACUCUGCCUUCACAUUUUCACAGUCAGUUUGCAGCUCACAGGCCUGCUGCAUCUGGGAGACAAACUAUCAGCUUCAAAAGUGACAGAGUUUGAGUGACAGGAUUACUACAAGUGAAACGUCUGUUUACUGUGAUUACAACUGAAAUGACUGACCAUUUGAGGAUAGCGCUGAGUUUAUCACAACCUGCUUCUUAUUGCCAUUGUUCUGCUUAUCACUUCCAUUCUUUGCAUUGCUGAUUCGCUGAGGGCUAGGAAAAAGUCAAGCAGCACCUAGAUUAUAACAGUGUUUAAUCCCCAGCUCAGUCAAAGAUAACUGGAGGAGGCAAAUAAUGCCAGACAACAAUGGUAAAUUAAACUCUUCCCAGUUUGUCAAAUUUAUUAUAAUAGAAUAAUCCCCUAAAAAGGCCUUAUCUCAGUUUAAAUAGGCGCAAGUUACAUGUAUGGUUCUCAUUUAUGUUACUCUAUCCUAUUAUACCACAUACUCAAGACCAGAUAAUAAAAAACCCUCAUUUGAUUUCAGUUUGACUUUGGAGAUGACAGCUUUGACUACUAAUAAAACCUUUUAGUCCUGAGAACCACAUUAAAUCAUGCUGACAAAAUUGCCCUUUCAAAUUUAAUCCUACGCAUAGGUGUUAAACACCCACUCAUUUUUCGUUCAUGCUUCAACUUGAGCAAUGAAAUGUUAUCAUGAGAAGAUACAGUAAUUCUGCACAGAAUAAAUAGUUAUACAGAGUAAGUACCAAUGCUAAGGUUUGAUUUAUCAUUGAAUGAUAUAAAUUAUAUUAACUAGCCUAUAAACGUGUCAUAUUAGAAAGUGUAGACACAAGCUUACGUUCCACUUUUAGACAUUUUCACCCUCCCUGCGUAUUAGAUGCAGUUUACCAUUCCAACACUAGGGGGCAGUAUUUAUCAACCUAACGUUCUUCGUUCGAGUCAAAACAAAGCAGCAACGUUGCAAACGGGGAACUUCAUUUCAAAUAUGAAGGACCAAUAAACUUUAUAACUACUAGAUAAACUAUGAAAAAUAUGAUAAAAUGCUUGUCAUGAUAUAUCUAAAUAUGCAGUAACAUUUCAAGACUUGGAUUGUUGUCCUCAUAUAGCCUAAUGUCAGGUUUGCAUGUGCCCUAUGAUGACUACAGAAACGGUUCAGUCUCCUGUUAAGAAUAUCUGAAAUGUAGAGAUUCAGCAGUCGUAGAAAUUUCAAAAUUGCAGUGUCUCAUACAUGAUGUUUUUUGUGUUGUAUAGUUGUUAGUUUUCUAGAAGUACCUGAACUAAUGUCUCCAUCUUACCUAACAUUGUAAGAAAUGUAAGAUCCAUGCCAUCAUGCUCAGGGUGUAAGAUGUGUCUCUAUUAUUAGGAAGCCACAUGAGUCGGGAGAAAACUAGUCAUUGUACAAUUUCUAAGCCUAUAUUUAUUAUUUUCUAGAAAGGUAAAUGACUAGCUAAAAACUAGUUAUUGCAGUAUUUCCUAUUCCUUUAUUCUAAAUUUGCAAUGUUUUCUUCUGCAACAUAUCCUGCUCAGUUCCUGUUUAUCUUCAAAAUGAAGAAUUAGUGUGGUUUCUCUGGUUUUGACUCUAGUUUCCAGGGGGCGAUAGCAACUGCUGCAGAAGAAGCUGUGUCUGAUGCUACUGGGUGUGCAUAUAAUCAAUAAAAGAAAUUAAACAUGUGACGUAAACAGAGUGGCAACCAGAGUAGUAUCAGCAAAAGACUUCCAAAAUGGUGUGAAGAGGAGGUGGAGGAUUUUGUAGUAAAAACUAGCUGAUCCAAGUUGUUAUUAGCUAUUCUUUAGCCAUCUUGGCUUGCACACCCCUGUAUAAAUCUCUGCAUUAAGCUCACCCCUGACCCUUGGCAGUUGGCUCAGUGCAUUCUGUACCUGUGAAAAUGCCUGUGAAUGGGAUUCCCAGGCAUGGCUGUCCAGUCUGAUGGAAUGGAUGAACUCCACUGAACUUGAAGGAAUGAUUGGAAAAUUGAUUUCUUUAGCUUUUAUAGGACUCGAGCCCCAAAUCGUUUUUCAAAAGCCAUGAAUCAGUUGACCAGGUUACCGCAACCCACCAUCAUUAUACACCUGUAUAUGUUGCUCGCACAUCCCUCCAAGACUCUGACUUGCCAAAGAUAAACAAGUAGUUUGAUAUAAGUAAUUACUCUCUUAACAGGCCUUUUUGUUUUAUUGAGUUUUUCAUAUAAAGACAGUUGCAUAGCUUUGUUUUUAUAACGCAGAACUCAGAACUUUUGCAUAGAAGGUGAUGAAAGAUACAAAAUACACAUUAAAAUGCAGACGAAAUGUGUCGGCUUUAAUGUUUUAAUAUUCCCUGCAUUAUUAAAGCAUGUCUCCCUCUGAUAAAAAAAAAACAACAAAAGGGUGAAAAACAAAAUAAAACAAAGUAAUUGGUGGAAAAAAAAACUAUCCCUGAUGUAAUAUGAUGGAAAUAAAUGGACAAAAAGAAAGAAACAUCCAAAUAAACUAUUUUCUAAACUCUUGUCAACAGCAAGAAGGAUCCAUUUAUUUUUUUGUUUGAUUCUUGCUUUUUUCUGACACAUUGUGAGCAUUGUGCCAUCCGGGAGGAAGAGUGAAAAACAGGUACAAUUCCUGUGUGAAAAUGAAAAAAUAGGCUAUUUUUUGAAGUAAACUUGUUUAGCAAAGGAACUACAUUAUAAAGCAUUUCUGCAAUUACACCAGCCUGUUCCCAGAAAAAUCAUUUCCUGACCAUUCCAAGAUUACAAAAAGAAUCCAGAUUGACAGUUCAUUUUUGACUAGAUGUUAUCUAACUGUGCUUCUUAUUCAACUGGUUACCCCUCAAGAAGUCUUUUAUGAGUUUGUUGACAAA